AGCCAUUUUACGUGGAUAUCCCGUUCGGCGUAAGCAGUAGUAUCAGCGUGAUUAUCGCAAAAAGUCAAAAUAAUCGUGGUUCGGGAUAUUUCUGUUUUUCGAAAUGCGUUAGAAAAGUGUAAUUACAACUGUCAAGUUGACGAAGAUUUGUUGCACAUAUCAAUUGGCAACACAACACCAUGAUGUCAACAAAGUCUAAGGAGAUAGCAGAUGAGUAUAUCUCAUCACUGUCGGAUCUGACCAUCAAUAGCAAACCUUUGAUUAAUAUGCUCACCAUGUUGGCAGAGGACAACAUUGAACAUGCAUCAGCAAUUGUUCAAGCUGUUGAGAAUCAUCUGCAAAAGGUGAGAAGCGACAUCAAAUUACCUGUUCUUUAUUUAAUUGACUCAAUUGUAAAGAAUGUGAAUGGAGCAUACUUGAAUCUCUUCACACAAAAUAUUGUUAACACUUUUUGCGGAGUGUUUGAAAAGGUGGAUGAGAAUACGCGAGCCAGUAUGUGGAAACUGAGACAAACGUGGAACGACGUGUUUCCUGCGAAUAAGUUAUUUUCAUUGGAUGUACGGGUGCAAAGUAUUGAUCCUGCUUGGCCGAUCACUGCCUCUCCUACUAGCGUUUCUUCUGGAUCUAUCCACGUCAACCCUCGAUUUUUCUCGAUGCCCCAGCAAUCUGCAACAUCGAUAGUAGCACAACCAAUUGUAGCGCCUGUUAAGUUGCCUCCAGGUGAUCCCGUAACACCGACAGAAGCAGCAAUGCGUGAACAGGUAUUAAAAAAGCAACGGGAGUUGAUAGAGUUGCAGAAGAAAAAGCUCGAGCUAGAACUACUUCAGGCUAAGGCAAAUUUGGAGCAGCAACAACGGCAACUUGAUAAACAGGCUGGAAAUUUGAAAGCAGAAUUGGUUGCAGCAACAACCCACGUUACAUCAGGCAUGGAAACUAUUUCGCAAGGAAAACCGGUCGCACUCAACGUGCCGUGUCAAGCGUCAAAACCAGUAACAAAACAGUUUCCAGCAGCAACUGCUUCGCUUCUGAAAAAUGCAGGAACGAACAAUGGCCCACGAAUCGCACCGGCUAGUAGUAUAGCAGUAGCAUCGGCUAAACCUGUGUCACGCGAUCCAAGAAUAAAGACUACUUCGGCUCAAGAUGUACCAGUCCCAAGCGUGGAUCCUCGGCAACGAAUAAGUACAUCAAGUCAAAAGGAUACCCGGGGUGAAGGCCAAACGCAGCUAGCGGCAAAUACAAACACUGUACUUUCAGAUCAAUUAAAACAGCAGUUACUUUCGAAACAGGCUGUAACUAGCACUAUCAACAAGUCUCCGACAAAUCUUGCCGGCUCCGAUACUGCGACGAUAAACGCUAGUAAUAACAAUAAUGCUAAUACGAACCUCAACAAUAAUAAUAACAAUAAAAAUUUCAGUGGUAACGCAAAUAAAGAUGCUGUGUCGCAUCGAACAAGUCAAAAGAAAGACCCUCGAUUGUCUAGUAAUAGUAGUGGUAACCUAAACAGUAAUAGUUCCAAAGGUUCUCAAAGUCUAUCUGUGGGUAGUAAUAGUUCUUUAACGUUAUCCGCGAGCAACAGAGGAGGUGGUAGUAACGAUUCCAAGUCGAAGGACACGAAGGGCUCGAAUUCACGGAGUUUUUCAUCUUCGACGAUCGAGAAAUCUUCCACUUCCUCGAAAUCCUCGCAUAGAAAGAUAGGCAACAAAUCGCGUUCUAAGCAACCUCAGACAUCUCCGAAUAAGAUACCGAAAGUUGACAGAGACGUAAGCCCAGUUAGGUCCAAAUCUCGUGAGAAAGACAGUGGAGACAGUUCGCCAUCCUCGCGCACCUCUCCCCAAUCCUUUCAAACCUCUAAGAACCGAAAGAAGAACACGAAAUCGAGAAAGCGUAGUCCAAGCCCUCCGUAUAGAAUCCCCAGGCGUAACGAUACAAAGUCCAAUUCAAGUCUAAGUAGUUCCGGUGGUGUUACUGAGGAGGAGCAGUCUGGUUCGUUGAUAGUGUCUCCUCCUCAUCCACCAACAUUUAAAGAAAUUCGACCGAAUGCUAGACAAAGAAAUUAUGUAAGGCGAAACAAGGACGGCAGUCUAAGUCCCGAGCGGUCUCCAGUAAAUACUGGAAACGCUCAAGCUUCUGCGGAGCCGACUUUGGAAUCAUCCAGCAAAGACGAAGACUUGAGAGCAACGCUACCUCUUCCAGGUGCAACUGCUUCUGUACCGGAAAAGAAAGAAGACUUAGAUUUGCGCGUAUUGCCACCGCCAGUUAAUCCCAACAAAAGACAAAGUUCGGAACACAUGGAAUCAUCUUUGAUCAAAAAAACAAAGGCCGAGAAAUUUGACGCAUUAUUCGGAAAUGAAGACGUUGAUCUACGAACAUUGACUCAUCCUAAAGCUGGACGACCGCCCACGCCACCUCCACCUGUGAUAUCGGGUGAAGAUGGUAAAGAUGGUUGGGCAAAAUUGAAAACACCGUCAAAGAAUGACAGAGAGAAACAGGCUAACAACACUGACGACAAAAGAGACAGUAGAGAUCGUAACAGAGACAGAUUGGGCAGGCUCAGGCUUUACAAUAAACUUCCGGAUGAUCCGAAAGAAAGAAGAAGGACGCUAUCGAACGAGGAUCAAGACAAUAGGCCAGGGCGAAGAGGUAGAGAGAAUGAUAAGCCGGAACGAAACGAGGAUAGAAAUAUUGAGAUAAUAAUGAAACAGGCCGCCGAGCAAUUGAACCAAGGUUCGAUCACCAAAGCGCAAUACAAUAUUCUUAUACAGGAGGUUUUACACAUGAGCGAAGAUCGCAAAUUGAGAGCCGCGCAACGGAAAGAGAAGGAAGUAGGUUCGAUUGUUUGGGAAAAAGGCGUGAAUCUGGAUAUGGCUGGUGCAGGCGACCGUGCAUCCACCUUCAGCCCUUCGAGCGAUAAAGAAGUAAUGAGAAACAAAGAUCACCCUAUUCCAAGAAAUCCGAAUGGUCCAAGAUGGCAAAGUCAGCCGUGGCAACAGCCAGGACCAUGGGCUCACCCACCAGGACCUCCUUACGGCCCACAAGGACACUUCAAUUCCGAUUUCAGGCCUGUCGGUCCAUGGCAAAAUCCGAGACACUUUGGUCCCAUACGACCCGACUAUCAAUACCAUGGCGGUUUCAACCAUAAUCUUGGUCCAAAUCCUCGUCUGGGACCUGGGAUAAUGGGACCUAUGGGACCCAAUGGACCACUUAUGUCGAACCUUUUACCAAAUGGCCCGAUCGGUCCAAUGGGUAUGCCUAAUCCACCGGCUAUAUCGUUACCAGGAAUGAACGGACCUGGAAUGAUGAUGAACAAUGGACCAAUAUCGAAUCUUAUGUCAAAUCCGAAUAUACCUCCGUUGAGCGCAACGAGAAACGUAUCGCCGAAUUCAUCCUCUAAAUACGAUCUUGAAGAAGGCGAUCAGAAUUACUCUACGACGAUGAUGAAAAAUCAAAAUCCUCAUAGCCGUGAAUUACCGCCUCCGGACUCGAAAUUGUUGGACGAAGUCGCGAGGGAUACGAUGAAAUCUAUAAACAUUGAUAAUAUACCGCGUGAAAUUAGAUAUUAUGGACAAACUGGUGUAGUUUUUAUGAACUGGGACGAUCCUAGAGAAAUUGGAUUCCAGAACGGUAUAAGACGAAUUUUAAUCGAUGACAAAGACACUAUCACUUGUGCAUUUAACGAUCAAUACAAAGAAUUUAUGUACGAAGGUGAAGUUCAUAGAAUUAAAUUAGGAGCACCCACGAGAGAAUUGUACGUCGACGACCGGUGGUAUGAAUGUUAUUUCGGCGGUAUGCCCGUAACGAUAGAUCUUGGCGGUAAAAAGGUUAGCGUCAAGUUGGAAGGACCACCGCCUCAAGUAAAGAUCGGUACCGUAAAGAGAACAGACUUGGUAGUUGCCAAAAUUAAUCUUAUUAUUAACGCCCGAAAUAUGGUCCCCGUCUUUCUGGAUGCGAAACCGCAAAUAUUUGAAAUCGAAGGAAAGCCACAUACACUUGAGUUUAUAGACUCGUUGCAAACAGUUCUAUUGAACGGACGUCCGUUUAAAGUCGAGUUUGGAGGAUUGCCAAAACCUAUUAUUGUUAGGGAUAAGAAACAUUUUAUACGAUUUUCGGUAUUGCCAAGAGGAGUUCGUCCGGGUUACGUUAAGAUUACAGGUAUGAGAGGCGAGGAACCGAUCGAGUCACCACCCACACCGCCUCUCUUAACGCAGAAACCGAAAGUAGAUACAACCUCUGCGCCAACGCAAUUCUCAUCGGUCGAGUCGGAGUCAACGUCGCAAGAUGGUUCUGAUCUUAGAACGACUCCCAAACCGGAUCUGCAAUUAGACAUGUUAUCUUCGGUUUUACCAUCCGCGAUGGCGCCGGCGUCCGGAUUGUCGUAUCAAGCCGAACCGGCGGAAAAUCCGCCACCGGCUGCUCCAGCAUUAUCCUUACCACUGAAUAUGAACGAGCUAUUCCAGCGAUUAGUCGAAACCGGUAUCGUACCGAAUCUGUCGGAACAAAAGAAACACGAGGAAGAAGAAAAGAAAGAGCCAGAAAUUAUUCCCGUUUCGUUCGAUAAACCAGAGACACUCAAAGUCAAACAACCGGCUAUCGCGGCAGCAUUGUACAGUGGUAUGCAGUGUAGUUCCUGUGGUGCUAGAUUUGCACCCGAAUUGGCAACUCGGUACAGCCAUCAUUUGGACUGGCAUUUCAGACAGAACAGGCGAGAAAGAGAUUCCGCACGGAAAGCUCAUUCUCGACCUUGGUAUUACGACGUUAGCGAUUGGAUACAGUUCGAAGAAAUCGAAGAUCUGGAAGACAGAGCACAAAGUUGGUUCGAAACGGAGAAACAAACGGCGGACACGGAGGGUGUCGCUACGGAGGAUUCUCCUCAAGAAGCAUUGCAACCUAGUGUUCCUACUGGAUCUGACGAAGAUUCCAGAUGUCAAGUGUGCCACGAUGCAUUUGAACAAUUUUACAAUGAAGAGAAAGAGGAGUGGCAUUUAAGACCAGCGAUUAAUUUCGAGGAAAAGAAUUACCAUCCGCUGUGUCUCGAUGACUACAAGAGAGCUUUGGAAAAAUCUGCGUUAGCGCUCGAGGAAACGAUCGAGGAAAUGGAGGAUGAAAAGAAGAUCACCGAUGAAAUGUCUGCAGAAGAAAAUAAGACUGAGGAAUUAAGCGUAGAGGCGUUAAAUCUUGAAAUAGAGACGAUAGAAGCGCCCGAUGAGAUAAUGAAAGAUAACGCGGAGGAAGCAGUUUUUGACAUAGAAAAUACAGACGAAGCUAUGGUUGUAGAUGAUAAUGCAGAUAUCGAACAAAACGAGAAAGAGAAAGAACAAGAAUUAGGAACCAACAGCGAGGAAACUGUCGACACUGAUAAUCUCGAAACAGAAGUUGCACUCGCGACAAUUGAAACAGAAGAGUGCGAAACAGAAAGUGUCGAUAAAUCUUUCGAAAAUAUUAAAAUCAAAGAAGAGCCAAUCGAUGAGCCCGAAGAACAACUAGAAGAAGAACAAUUCGAUUUUACCAAUGUAGAAAUUAAAGAAGAACCUGUAGAACCGGAACCAGACCCCGAGGAGAGCGUAAUUACCGAACCUGCAACGGCUGAUACGACGUACGCUGCUGUGAAAAGUUCCAUUGAUGGAAAUGUAGAAUUAGAUUCCACGCCUGCAGCGAUUCCAACAGCUCCGUCCCGAAUUAAGAUUAAUAUUACGAAAACAUUGUGUAUAAAUAAGGAACCAGAAGAAUCAAAGGAAAAACCUGUAUCCGAGACACUCGCCGAAGAAAUAGCAGAACCUUUGGUGGCUGCGUCUAUAAAACCUGCUUUGCAAGGUAGAAAAUUGUCUAAUUUACCCCCUGUGGAGAGAGGGCAAGAAUUAUCAGGUCUUUGCUCGAUUAUGUAAAUAGUACCUGUAAUAUAUAUUCAAAAUAAGUCUGCAUGAGAGUUGUGUGGUUUGAAUGUAAUUUUGUGUUUAGCGCUACUUAAAGGACUAAGUAUCGAUGUAUUUGUACAUCACAUUUUUGUGCAACUUAUACGACCUGAUGCGAAGUGCUUACAGAAUUUGUUUUCAUUUUUUUUUUCUUUCUUUUCUUUAUUUUUUUUUUACGUAUAAUUAAUUUUUUUGAAUUUUACAUAUUCUUUUGCAUUUCGUACACUCAUUUUUACUCGUCUAUUUUUCCGACUGCCAACACGGUGAGAAAAAUCAAUCCUAUUCACUUUUAGACGUCACGCCGUAUAAGUUAAAAGUUUACGUUGUAAUGUGCGAAAGGAUAAGCGUAUGCGUGUGUUUAGCUUUUUCUAAUUUUAAUUAAGGCGGAAAAAGAGAAGAAGAACUGUAAAUAUUUAAUGUAAUCGAGACGAUUUAAUUAGAGUGAGAUAGCGUAGUAGCAUUCCCAACACAAAAAAAGUGCAAUCGCAUUUUGUGACAGAAGAAUGUCAAAAAAAUGUAAUACUGAUGUGCACAAGAUUAAUUAAGAAUUUCAUACUGUUUGUACUUUGUAAAAAUAUUCGAAUGGUACUCGAUACAAUUGUUUUCUAGACGUGUCAGCUCUGUUUUGAUUUUACAAAACACGAAAAAAUGUGGUCCUGCAAGAAGUAACGAGAGAUUACCCAAUUCAGUUAGAUGUACAAAUUGUGUGAUAUAAAAUUGUUGAUCAUAAUGUACAUAAUACCACCAUUAAAAUAAUCGCGACGAUAUUGGGUAAGGAAGAAAAAAAAAGAAAAGAAACAGUUACUACUAGAGGAUUAUUUUGUUGUAUAAAAAAAAAAUCUUGUUGAUUAUUCGGGGUCUGACUGCCUUUGGUUGCUUAUUUAUGAUCCUAAAUUCACCUUUCUAAAAUAUCCCUUAUAAUAAUUACCAUUAUUAAAAAAAAACUUUAGAAGUUUAAAUUUUCAACUAUACAAAUAUUUGAACA